AAAGCUAUGCCUGGAUUAGUUGCAAUGGAUGCGAGGAGUGGAGAAACUGGAGUUUCAAAACUCAACAGUGGAGUUUCCACUGCUUACGAAGAUGGUUUCAUUGAAGAAAGUGGACUCAGUCCAAAGAGCCAACACAGUGACUCGGUUGAUUUAGCCAUUGAUGGGGUGGUGAUGGAAGCCUCCAUUGAGCAGCUUUAUCACAAUGUCUACGAGAUGCAAAGCUCCGAACAAUCUGCUUCCGUGACCAGUUACGGAUCGUACGGCGAGGAAUCGAGGAUCGAUUCCGAAUUGCGCCAUCUCGUUGGGGAUUUCGGCGACUGCGAAACGACAAAGGAGGUGGUUGCGGAGAAGAAAGAAGAGGGAAGUGUUUAUGACUUGGUCUCUAAGAAACAACAAAACGGGGCUGGUGACAAAAAGAUUGUGAAGAAGAAGAAGGGGCAAAGUCGAGAUGUUAAGCAUCGGCAUCCGUUGCAAUCGGAUUCCAAAGCAUUGGAAAAAUCGAGUCCCAAGAGCAAAUCUUCUCAAGAGAGAAAUCCAGUUGAAAAGGAGAAUAAUGCAAGAAAAGGAAAUGCAGCUUCCUCUUUGGGGAAACAGAGGAAUAUUGCUCUGAAUGGUGCAAAGUUUCAGGAUGGGACUAGGGAUUCUUUUGUGGAUGGAUUGGAGAAUCCGGACCUCGGACCGUUUUUGCUAAAACAGACAAGGGUUAUGAUGUCUUCGGGUGAAAAUCCGAAGAGGGCCCUUGAGUUGGCUCUUCGAGCAACUAAAUCGUUUGAGAAAUGCGCUGAUGGCAAACCGAGUCUCGAGCUCGUAAUGUCUUUGCAUGUUCUGGCAGCAUUAUACUUCAACUUAGGCCAAUACACUGAGGCGAUUCCGGUUCUUGAGCGCUCGAUUGAGAUUCCAGUGAUCGAGGAUAGCCAAACUCAUGCACUUGCUAAAUUUGCCGGAUGCAUGCAACUAGGUGAUACAUAUGCAAUGCUGGGUCAAAUUGAGAAUUCAAUAUUGUGCUAUACAGCAGGUUUGGAGAUACAACGACAAGUUCUGGGAGAAACCGAUCCUCGGGUCGGUGAGACAUGUCGAUAUGUAGCUGAAGCACAUGUCCAAGCACUGCAAUUUGAUGAGGCUGAGAAGAUUUGUCAAAUGGCUCUUGACAUCCACAGGGAGAAUGGUGCACCUGCUUCAAUCGAAGAAGCUGCCGACAGAAGACUCAUGGGACUCAUCUGUGACUCGAAAGGAGACUACGAAUCAGCUCUUGAGCACUACGUUUUAGCUAGCAUGGCCAUGGCAGCCAAUGGACAUGAACUGGAUGUGGCUUCAAUUGAUUGCAGCAUUGGAGAUGCAUAUUUAUCAUUGGCUCGGUACGACGAGGCCGUUUUGACCUAUCAGAAAGCACUCACGGUGUAUAAGUCUGCAAAAGGAGAGAAUCAUCCAACAGUUGCUCUGGUUUUCGUUCGUUUGGCUGAUUUGUACAACAAGAUAGGAAAACUGAGGGAUUCCAGAACUUAUUGUGAAAACUCCCUCCGGAUUUAUGGAAAGCCAAACCCCGGAAUCCCCCCGGAAGAGAUUGCCAGUGGCCUCAUCGAUAUUGCAGCUAUAUAUCAAUCCAUGAAUGAACUAGAUCAGGCACUGAAACUGCUUAAGAAGGCUUUAACCAUUUUUGGUGAGGCCCCAGGCCAACAAAGUACGAUUGCAGGUAUUGAAGCACAGAUGGGAGUCAUGUAUUACAUGAUGGGGAGCUACACUGAUUCCUACAAUACCUUCAAAAGUUCCAUUUCAAAGUUUCGAGCUAGCGGAGAGAAGAAGUCCACCUUGUUCGGGAUUGCUCUGAAUCAGAUGGGGCUUGCCUGCGUUCAAAGAUACUCGAUAAAUGAGGCAGCUGAUCUAUUCGAAGAAGCAAGGAGCAUAUUAGAGAAGGAAUAUGGUCCAUAUCACCCUGAUACAUUAGGGGUAUAUAGCAAUCUUGCUGGUACCUAUGAUGCAAUGGGAAGGUUGGACGAUGCCAUUGACAUUCUGGAUUAUGUUGUUGACAUCCGAGAAGAGAAGCUCGGAACAGCCAAUCCAGAUGUCAUCGAUGAGAAACGGAGGUUGGGGGAGUUAUUGAAGGAAGCAGGCCGGGUUCGGUGCCGGAAAUCAAGAUCACUAGUGACCCUUCUUGACACCAGCAGCACUAAGAUGAUCAAAGAUGAUGGUAUUGAAGUAUCAUAAUGUUCUUGAUGCAAAUAUUAAAAAAAAAACAUGGUUUUCAAUAUUUUUCUUGAAAGGUCAAAAGCAAAUUUUAUGUUUCAAUCAUUGAUUAUGGAAUUGUUGAGAUUCCUUUGUAACAUUCUUAUUUGUAUGUUCCAACCUCUUACAUAUAUAAUAAAGAAAUGGUGACAUUUUGUUUUCUUAU